AUGGACUACAAUGUCACAAUUGUCAGAGAAUUUCUCCUUCUGGGCUUCGCAGUCCCACCGGCCCCGGGAAUGGUCCUCUUCAUACUGAUAUUAAUGGUUUACUCGCUAAGCGUUGUAAUAAAUAGUGUUAUCAUUGUCCUUGUGGGAAGUGACCGCCGUCUCCAUAAACCGAUGUACUUCUUUAUCAGCGUAUUCUCUUUCUUAGAGCUUUGGUACCCCACCGUGACCGUCCCGGGGUUAUUACAAGGGUUACUCUCAGGGGGGAAGACGGUUUGUUUUGGGUGUUGUGUUUCUCAAUUUUAUCUCCAUUUCAGUUUAGGUGUCACAGAAAACCUCCUUCUUGUGGUGAUGGGCUUUGACCGCUAUGUGGCCUUUUGUAGACCUUUACAUUAUACGGUCAUCAUGAGCCCCGGGGUCUGUGUGCGGUUUGCAGUGGGAUCGUGGAUCGGCGGAUUUUCUGCCUUUGUAAGUCAUUCUAUACAACUCUCCAGAGCGAGGUUCUGCGGCCCGGCACAGGUGGAUCAUUACUACUGCGACUUUGCUCCUUUAAUUAAACUCAUAUGUUCCGACACCACAAACAUGAAGACUCUGUUCUCUGUGAUCUGCUGUCUUGGUGGGGCGUGUCUUCUACUUAUUAUGGUGUCAUAUAUAUUUAUACUAAACACAAUCCUGAGACUUCCAACCUCCACAGGCCGCCAUAAAACCUUCUAUACUUGUGCCUCCCAUCUGACGGUUGUCCUCAUCUUCUAUGGAACAACCCUCUUCAUGUUUGCAAGGCCGGUGGAUGGAAGUGACCUUCAUACUAAUAAGAUAGUCUCUGUCUUUCCAUCGGUGGUGACUCCACUUCUCAAUCCCAUUAUCUACAGCCUGAGGAACCAAGAAGUGAAGAGCGCACUGUUGAGGGCUAUCCAUGGAAUAUAA